AUGUUUCUCUUGACCAGAAAUGCACUAAAUAGGUUCAAGAUUCGAAGCAUUCAACAAAUUAGGUCAAGACAGAGCCACGAAAAUCAUUCACAAGAUUUCCAUGACAAAUACGGUAACACUGUACUAGCCAGUGGGACCGCUUUCUGUGUUGUUGCAUGGGUGUUUAUAGCCACACGGAUUGGAAUAGAAUGGAACCUGUCUCCUGUUGGCAGAGUCGCUCCAAAAGAGUGGAAUGAUGAGUAA